GGCUAGUAUGUGCAUCAAAAGCGCUUUUAUUCAGUAUUCUAAUUACACGUAUCUGCAGUAAUUCAAUGCGACGAAUAUUAGUAGGAUACGUUAGUCCCCAAACAAUAACACAAUAUUGUAGGUAAGGAUAAAUCAUCAAAUAAUACAAUGUACGUAGAGACUCUAGUGGCAGACAGAAACUAGCUUUAUAAAUUACACCAAUUGAUUUUGAUAUUUUGUUAGCAAUUUGGGAAAAAUGAGAUUUCCAACUCAGAUUUUCAUCCAGAAUAACUCCCAAGAACACAGUUUCCUUGACUUGUUCAAUACACUUAUUAUUAAUCAAUAUAGUUGUAUAUCUAGGCAGAAUUUUUUUUGUCUAGGUUUAAAUACCAUAAAUUUCGUUUUCCCCGUAUUAAGCGACAAUUUAUUUGCUUGAAACCAAUCAGACAGUUUUUACAAUUCAUUAUUCAAAGAAUCGAUUACAUAUUGCGGGUCUUUAUGCGAGAAGAAAAUGAUUGUAUCAUCAGCAAAUAAAAUUGUUUCAACUAGCUGUGACACAUUGCAAGUAUCAUUAAUAUAAAGUAAAAAAAAUAAAGGGCCAAGUAUAGAACCCUGAGGCACCCCGCAGCAAACAGCACUAGGAGAUGAGCGAUGUUCAUUAAAUUGAACAAAUUGGGUUCUAUUGGUAAAAUAACUUUUUAUCCAUUGUAAUGGCAAGCCACGGAUUCCGUAAUGUUCCAACUUAUCGAAUAAAAUCUCAUGAUUGACAGUAUCAAAGGCUUUAGAUAAAUCCAGGAAAAUUCCCACAGAAGUUUCUUUUUUGUCAAUCGCGUGUGAAAUCUUGUCAUAUAAAUCGAUCAAAGCAAGUGAAGCUGAAUGAUUUUUGCGAAAUCCGUAUUGAUUAUCAUAUAAUUAAUAUUUUAAAUUUAUCGAGAUAUGCCAAUAAACGAUUAUACAUAGCCCUUUCAAGAAACUUUGAAAAACAUGGAAGUAUAGAUACUGGUCUAUAAUUUGAGAAUAUUGCAAGAUAACCUGCUUUAAAUAAGGGAAUUACACAUGCAAUUUUGAUAUCAUCAGGGACAAUGCCACUAGCAAUGGACAAGUUAAGUAAGUGAGAAAGUGGUUCUGCAAUGAUAUUAAUAAACUGUUUAAUUAUUGACAUAGGAAUUUUAUCAUAACCAGCAGUUUUAUUUGAUUGACUAUACUAACAGUAAGUGGAAUCUAAGGGCGUAUAGAAAUCCGAGUUUCUAUGAGAAGCGGAGAACGGGGUGUAAGGCGAGGCGGUACGUACCAGUAGUUUAGAGCCCCAUAUUCAUAACGUUGGGAAUAUAAUGGGAAAUAUUAGAUUUUCGGGACAUGGUUUUGGAGUUGCCCUUUAUUGAAAAAAAAAGAAAGAAAGAAAGAAAGAAAGAAAGCUAGCUCAAGAAAGCUAGCUCAUUAGAUCACUGGUCAAACCUUUACCUCACUGAAAGAACAUAUUUGUCAGGUUCAGUCCAACACCCACAAACAAGAAAACUUCCAUUCCUUCCUUCUUGGAACAGCAUCUUCUCAACUUCCUGUUUAGAAAUAUGACCGUGGAACCAUCUGAAAUUAUUAACGAACUGGUCAAUUCUAUAAUCAACAUUGCUGCGAAGACGUUUGAAGUAAUCUAAGACUUACCUCGUUCAGGUUUAGACUUCAUAUAUACUUUGAUCAAACAGCUCUUUGUCAAAAGGGAAUUUGUAAUAAUAACUUAAAUUGUCCUUUAAAUUACAUCGAUAUUGUACGUGUAUAUGCUUGAAUAUUUAGCCCUUAAUAUAUAUCAAGAGCGAUAAAUCAUAGUUACCCUAUAGGAUAUAAAUCUUGUGUUUCAAUGAAAGACCGACCAUGAAAAUGUCUAAAAACCUAUUAUGUAUAUGCUGCCUGUGUUUCCAACCUGUAACAAAUCCGUUUGUUGUUCACGGUUAAUGCCCCAUUGAUAAAUUAAUUUAUAAAUAGUAAAAUUUAAACAAAUUUUAUCGUUAUAAUGUGUGCCCCCAAAACUAUACCCCGUUUGAUUUAAAAUAGCCGGAAAACUAUAGAAGAGCUAUAACGGUGAAAGUAACUUUAUCGAAAAUAUUUAAUUUGUUCGCUCUGGCUAUAUUUAAUUCUUGCUCUCGAAUCGAUCAUUUCAUGUAUACACGAGCUGAUUGUCGAUCAGCUGAUUUUCAAAUUCAUAUAUAACUUAAUUGGUAUAUUUUUUUGAGCAGGAGUCUACGAUCUACCUCAAGGCACCUAUAGUGCAAAUGUCAUAUGUCAUCAUGCAGUUAGAUUGGUUAACUAUGGUCAUAUUUCUUUCAAUCUUUCUCUUUUGCAGUAUCAAAUUAUGGAACUUACUUCCUGAUUAUAUUCAUCACAGUGAUUCGACACUUAUCUUUUUAAGCAAAUUUACGACUGGCAAAACCUUACCUAAACCAAUGCGAAACAGUUUUUAAUAAUAUUCUAAAAAUAUAUGCGUGCAGAAGCUUCUAUAGCUUUUCCAGCAAAACCACUAUAUUUCCUAAACAAGAAGUAGUUAAUUCAUUUACAAGUGGGUGUCGUGGUAACACGAUCACUUCAUUCUUUUUAAAUGAUCACUUUUAAUCUGCAAAAUUAUCAAUUUUCCAAAUAUAUAUAUGCGAUACUACUAGGUAUAUGUUAUUAUGCGUAAUAUAAACUUCAUUUUAAUGUAAAACUCAGCCACGUAGCUAUACGCUUCACAAAACGUCGGAAACGUUCAUAAAACUAAACUGCUUUUUAACGAUAAACUUUGAGUUUCAAAUAACAACGAUUAAUAAUAUGCAAUUCUCUCACGAAAAUAACUUUGCGAGAUCGUUUAUGUUUCGAAGACAUAGUCCAUUCUCAUCCAGUCGUGAGUUGGGGACAAAAUGAGACAAUUUAGUAUUAGUUUUAGUGUCCUUAAAAAAAUUAUACAAGUUGUUGGCGGUUGGCUGUGAGACUAUUGCAUCCAGUAAUGUCUAGUGCUUCACUAUAUAAUCAAUUAUUCCAAAUCUAAAACAUCUUUUUAGAAGUCGCUCAUUCUAGCUUCUCAGCCAAAUUGAGUUUGGAAGGCUAGUGUGCCACACUAUACAACCAUAUUCUCCAAUACAGAGCGUACGAGAGCAACAUCUACUAUUUAAACACGAGUAGGAGUGUUUUAUCAGAUAUAAAACGCGAGGCGCAGCCGAGCGUUUUAUGUCUGAUAAAACACGACAACGAGAGUUUUGAAUAGCUUAAAAUACGACUACAAAAGAAUACUAAUUAGGAUGAACCAUUAUAUAAUCAUAUACUAAUUAGCAGGGCUGUAAAUACUCGUUACAAUUGUAACGCGUUACUGUGUACUCGUCACGUAAUUAAUAGGGACCUUUAGCUAGCGGACGGCGGACGGCUAUUAAUCCCCAAGCCGACGGCGCGAAGCGCCGUGCGAGGGUACUAAUCCCCCCGGCUAUUUACACCCGGGGAAACGAAAGCAUUAGCGAAGUCUAAAGUUCAUCAAAUAUCGCGGGCGUGGCUCACCAACGAUAUUUCGGUGGGUGCUCAUCCUCACUGAUUUCAAAAAUAUGGCGGACUGUCAUGAAUAGCGAACACCAAUUGGUCCAAUUUAAAGUUUGCAUUAUAACGACUGCAUGACGGCAGCGAAAUAGCAAACAUUUCUUGAUUUGAUGAUUGAUAAAUUUCUUGCAAAUAUAUUUCACUUUUGCUCGCAUUUUUGCAGGAUUUUGUAAAUUUCAAAAGCUCUCUCAGAAAGAAACUGCAAAAGAAUCGGCUAAAAGAAGGGAGCCGACGUUAACAAAGGUAAGUUUGUUUUAAAUAUUGAUUUUAUAAUGGCUUUAAAACCCGACGGCCUUUGCGUAUAUGAAACAACUUAGUAAACAAGACAGCAAAGAAUUUCAGUGUAUCUUUAAUAUUGAUUCCCUAGCUUUUUUAUGAUAUUGAAUUUUUUAAAUAAAAAACAAAGCAAAGUUAUUUGCAAGCGAGAAUUUGAAAUCAUUUUAUUGCAAACUCAAAGUUUAUCGAUAAAGCCAUUUUAAAAUGCAGAUUAGUUUUAUAAAGAACACUAUAGUGACUUUAAAACGUUUUGUGAAGCGUUUGUGGUUGAAUUUUACCUUAAAUUGAGGCUUAUAUUACGUAUAAUAACAUACCUAAUUUAUAUAUGUUGGGAAAUUAAUAAUAUUGUAAUUAAAAGUGAUAUUUUUAGGCGAUUUUUCAUUUGUAAGAAACUAAGAAUAUUCUUAAAAAAUUAUCGUCUUACCAUGACAACUACUUUAGAUACUUCAUGUUCGGAAAAUACAAUAGGCCGUAUUCUUUGGCCUCAAAAGUCGCCUAGAAAAAUAUUUCCGCUGCCAUCGGUCUCCAUCUAAUUUUAAUUUAUAUAAAUCUAUAAAUUUUGACACGCUAAGUAUGAAUUUCAAUGUUGUCACUCGCACAAACCUGCAGUUUUUGAGUAUAUUGCCACCAAAGUUCGGUAUCUUUCACGCUUCGAAACAAGAUGGCCGCCAUUUUUGCCCUGGAUACUUCGUGUAAUAUAUGAUGAACGGUACUAGUUUACAGACCCAGUUUAAGCUACAUUCACGCGGUCGAACGGAGGGUUAUCUUGUUAGCCAUCACAAGCGUUUGUUUUAUUAUUCCGUAAAUUGAUGUUAAUAAAAUGAGAGUAGAAAUAAAUGAAUUAACUUAGUUAACCUUUUAUGAAAGGCCUCUGCGGCCAAGAGUAGCAUUUAAGGUGGCUCCCUAUAAACGUUCCUGGAGGCAUGUGUAUCUAGGUAUAUCAAUUGGCUACCCCACCUUAGAAAGAUUCCCCGCACGUGCUGAGAAGCUAAAUAGAAAAAAUGUUUUACAAUACAUAAUAAUAUAGUAUAAUACUAUAAUAAGAAUCAGGGCCGUAGCUAGCAUGUGUAGUUUGGGGGGGGGGUGGGUGUAGGCCAAAAAUUUCCGAUUGACGAGAAAAAUUUCCGAAUAUUUCAUGGCCUACGAAUUAGCCACGAAGGUGUUUGCUAUCCGGAAAAUGAAGACGCUAUUUACAAACAAAAAUACGCAUAUUUUACGCACAAACAUAUUACAGAAGCAUGCAGUGCCGUAGGAAGCUCUUUUUGAUUGGGGGGCUGAGAACGAGGGCCGAAGGCCUGAGAAAAUUUUUAAAUUUAGAGUUUCUGAAAUGCCAUUUCCUGGACUUUGGGGGAAGUUUUGACAGAAUUCAAAUGGCCAGAAAACAGCGCUUUAGUAUGUCGAAAUUUACAAUUUGCUUACAAUUUAGUAGUACUAAAUGGGCGAAGGUGUAUUUAAUUAACUAUAUAUUGGGAAGUUGCAGGAAAGUAUGGAUAAUAUGAUUCUUCGCAGUUUGUCAUGGAUAAUGUAACCGCUUAAAAUUAAUCAAUUGUCAUUAUUAUUCAUCUCCUGUUUUACAAUAAAAUAUUAUGAUCAUAAAGCAAACUCAAAACUUGCAUAUGCAACUGUGCAUUCACUUCCAGAUUCACUUAGAAAUUAUAAUUCAUAGGGAGCUCAGCCCUCUGCUACUACUGAAAAGUUAGGGGGGCUCAAGUCCCCGCUGCCCCGUGGUUUUUACGGCCAUGUCAUAAACCUCUUUCAGUGUAGUCACCUUUUCGUGGUUCUUUAACAACGGGUAAUCCAAGACUUCAUCUUCACUCUCCAUCUCACUUUGCGACGUUUCACUUUCUUCAUUUAAGUAAUAUUCCGCCACGACACCUUGACAGAUACUUUGAGCAUAGAUGAUAUCUCACUUCUGUUGCGUUCAUUACGGUGUCUGGAAAACCAGCUGGGAAAAUCUUUUUAUCAACCUCUCCUUCAAGCGAAAUCUCCUAUAGCCCGAUGCAUCGCAGUUCUCGAUUGUCGCAACAGUUCUGACGAAUUCCGCUUCAAAUUUCUUCAUGUAGUAAAUCUCCUCGUUGUCAAUUAAUUUUUCUUUCACAAACCGUUCACAAAAAAAGUUAAAGGAUUCCUCGUAUUUGCACUUAGCACGAACUUCAUCAUCGUCUUCUGUUACAUCGGUGCGUCUUACAAAUUUUGUGUAUCGUUGAUAACACCGUCUGUGGUAGUUUACUUCUAAUGCCGCGCAGUCCUUGUCAGCAAUUUGUAAAAGGAUACUUUCGUCCCCAAAAGGAUACUUUCGUCUCGUAGCUGCUUCUCUCAAUCUUCCCCCGUCAAUGGUUUCUGCACUCACCAACCGUUCUUCCUUUCGUUUUCGAGAGUUCUAUCAAAUAGGUAAAAAUCAUCGUUACCAUGUUCAUUAUGCUUAACAUGCUUAUCAGUAUAAAUACGUUUACUUACUGUUCCAGUCACAAGAGACUUUUUCUUACAAAUGAUGCAAACAGGAGCCAACACAUAUUUUGAUUUUGUUUUACUUGAUGCGUUUACUGUUGAUCGUAAUAAUUUCUUUGACGGUUCGGAUGCGUGGGUCGUAUCUAAAUUAAAAAAGCUCAAUCAGAACAUUAUAUAAGUAUUAAUGGAAACUUUAUUUAAUUUUCUAAACUUACAACUGCAAAUCUCACUAUAUCAGGUAAUUUACAAUUGGCAACUUGAUAUAUUACUAUUAAAUGAUUUUAUAACACACGAUUAAAUUUACUCUAUUACUCUAAAUACAUACUUAUACAAUAAAAAUUUUAAAGUUUCAUCAAGUCCGGAUUCACCCAGUUCUUAUUUCGACAACAAAAAAUGUAGUAGGUUGACCUUAUUGCAAUAUUAAUAAUCAUUUUAAUAACGUAUAUUACAUGAGCUUUAUCUAAAUUAAAAUGUUCUAACAUGUCUAUAAAACCAGAAGAUUCCUUGUCAAACACACCUUUUUUCUUUUGUUCCAUAAUCAUAUCUUUAUACUUGGAGUAUUUCCUGUUAACGUUAUUUCUGAGGUUAGUCUCAUAUCCAACGGUUAAUUCCAGAAUAUACAGACAAUUGUCUUUCGUCAAAAUUAGUAAAUCAGGCCGAUAAUCAUCACCAGUGAUUGUAGAAAGAUUAGAGAAUGACGACAAUGUAUCAGCAUAAAUGGUCCGGAUAUGUUCUGAUGGAAGGUUAUCAGCAAUGAAAUUUAGAAUUGAGUCAUGUCUCCAAGUAAUAAUCGAUCGAGGUAGGAACUGCAACCAGCGACGACGUGUAAUAGAGAUUCAGGAUUAAUGCAGAACGAGCAUUCAGAAGACGAGGAUAGCCCCCAUCUUUGAAGGUUCUUACGGAUUGGCAGCGAAUUGUUUAUAUAACGAAUGGUAAAGUUGAAAAUGUUUUUAGGCAAUUUGGACUGACAGGCUUGCCAGAUCGUAUUUACUUGGGUUAAGGAAAAUCUUAAUACACUGGUAAAGAAUGAGCCUUGGUAUGUUAGUUGGUUUGUUAAUUUAUCUUCUUGAACAUCACGAAAUGACUUAAUCACUUCCUUCGUCGAACUGUAUUGGUCGUAUUGAAUAUUAGCAUGAUUAGUUGUUGACUUCCAGAGAUGGAUUAUUGAUUCAUUAGGAGAUGAUUUUAAAGUAUUCCGAAUUGUUACCUGGCAUUGUAAAAACUUAGUUGAUGGGAGGGGGGGGGGUGAUGUUAAGACCAAAUUUGUCGCUGGUUAUGUAGAUGUUACUCAGCGUUCCAGAAAUAGGUACCUCAAGCCAUUUGCGAACAUAUUGCGUAAAUAAAGAAUCCAGGUUUUCCAAAAUCCAGGUUUUUGAAAUUGAUGUAAUAGUAAGAUGCCAGGAGAGUUUCGAUAAAACAUAACGAUUGUAGAAUCUUGUUCUAUUAAUAUUAAUAAUAAUAAUAAUAAUGGAAAUUUGUUUAAUAUAUAGUUGUGUAAUAAUAGAGACAAUGGUAAUGGCAAUGAUAAUAAUAAUACCUACUUACCAGAGGUUGCAGUUGCCUCAUCAUCUAAAGACUCUAAAUGUUUUGAGUCAUCUGAUCUUAUAGUACCAGCUGUGCCUUCCCGGACCGAAUUAUGGCUCUUUCUAUUGACGUUUUGUUUGUGAAUUUCGAAUAACAUCAUCUGUGGUAACCAACUGCUGAAUUUUGCCAUUCUUUAUCGUCAAAUCAUGCUGUAUUCUCUGCUACCUCUUUUUACUUUCCAUCCAAUGUCUUCUAAAUUUCUCUACAUUCUAAAACUCGUUUGUAUGCAUACUCUGUAAAGCGUGCAAGCAGAGCCGUGCCAAGUGUUUUUUGGUUAGGGUGGGGGCAUGGGCGUACCGGAAGGAAAAAAUUAAGGGGGCGGAAAGAAAUUUGCCCGACUUUUUCGGAUUGUGCCCAACCAGUGCCGAAAAAUAUUUUUUCCGGAACAAUUAAUUUUGGCGACCUCCCCCCCCCCCAAGUCGCCAAAAAAAUUUCGGCCAGUGUACCAUUUUAGGGAUCCAAAAAUUUUUCGGACAUACCAAAAUUUUUCGGAACAUCAAACAAAUUUUCCAAACAUCACAAAAUUGACAUAAUUUCCCGCAAAAUUGACAGAAUUUGUCCCAUUUAUUUUUAGAAUAACCCAAUAUUGCCCGACUGUGAAGCGAAUAUUGCCCUACUGGCUUUGUUUGCCCAACAAACUGGGGUUAUUAUUAAGAGAGAUAUUAUUGCUUUGACUACUUUUUUGGCUUUUUAAUUUCCCACUCUUCGCCCGACUUAUGUUGAACAUUUGCCCGACUUUUCGACUUUGUAAUCUUUUUUGGGGGGGGGCAGCCGUCCCCCCCGUCCCGUACGCCUAUGGGCGGGGGUGAAAUAAAAAAUUUGGGCCCCCUCCAAUUUGGGGUCCCCCUCAAAAAAAUCUUUCCAGAAACCGACGAAUUUUUCCGGAAAAUACUGGGGAGGCGAGGAGGCCCCAAAAUUUUUUUCAAACACUAGGUUUACAUAAUGGGGGCUUAAAUUUAGUUUUGAAGACCUUUUUAGACCAAUUUUCCAGAAAAUUCCUUAAUAUUUAACACGUUCCGCUUUCCAGUGCCCUGUCUCCGCAAUUUGAGCCCCCUUUUUUACUUUUCUUUGGGGGAGGAGUGAUACCCCCCACCCCACCCCCAGGUGGCACGGCCCUGUGUGCAAGCUGUCCACUUUCUCCAUCGAAAUGAAUCAAACAAAAGAGGCCAUGCUUGGCUGUAACAUUUCUUCUACCUUGUACUUCAUGUAAAAUAAAAAUAUAAUGCUCGAAGUGCACGGGAAAAGACUUGAACUAGUACCGUUCAUCAUAUAUUACACGAAGUACCCAGGGCAAAAAUGGCGGCUAUCUUGUUUCGAAGCCGUGAAAGAUACUGAACUUUGGUGGCAAUAUACUCAAAAACUGCAGGUUUGUGUGAGUGACAACAUUGAAAUUCAUACUUAGCGUGUCAAAAUCUAUAGAUUUAUAUAAAUUUAAAUUAGAUGGAGACUCAUGGCAGCGGAACUGAAAGAUAUUUGCCCACAGAAUACGGCCUACAAUAGUUUUGUCAACAAGGCGAGGGUUUCUGCAUGCAUGUAUUUUCUAGUACGAUGAAAUUUAUGACAGUGUAGAAAGAAAAUGCAUAAUUAAAGUCCCAUGUUCCAUGAGUUUUAGACGCCGUCCUUGCUCUUUUACGUUUACAACAGCAAACCAAAAAUUUUCACGUUUUGUACACAACGUCUGCCUUUCAAGCCGCGAGAAGUCGUCCUUGCCAAAUUGGCUUAGUAUAGAAGUCUUCUCAACUAUAAUUAUAUGAACCUCUGUCUUAACCUUCUUAAAUUGCAAUAAAUUCAUACAACGGAUAAUACAAGACAUAUUGAUCUUAAAGUUACUUAUUCGAACGAGUUUAUUUCGGCCGUCGUCGUCGCGUAAUUUUGCCGUCACCUAUUUGCUAAAGGUCCCUAAUUACAAAAGCAAGGAACGCGUUCCUUUUCCAAGGAGCAAAUUGAAAAUUUCUUUUCUUAUUCUGUUAAAAAUAAGAAAUAAAAAAUACAACGUUACGACAAAAAUUUAGAAAAAUGGCUGAAAUAAUUUUCAACGAGAUCACAUGACAUGAUAGCCUACAUGAAGUACUAUUUAUUACGAAAGUAGAACCACAAUUUGUUCCGAGGCUCAGAGCGCGAAAUUUUGACAAAUAAAGUUUUAAGUUUACUUGCUUCGAUUUGCAUGUCAAAUGUUUAAUAUAUUGAAAUAUCAUCUUGAUAAAUUCUUGCAAAUUUCAAAGUUUAUACCGUUUUUAUUUACAACUACUGUUUAAGGUAUUGUCUUAUAACAUAUAUAUAGUAACAAUUUGUCGGUAAAGGAAUUUGUAAUUAAUUCCUUUUUUCCGGAAUUUGUAAUCCGGAAUUUAUUAAUAAAAAGCAACUUGCUUUCCUUGACAUUUUGUUAACAAGAACUGAUGACGGCACGAUUAACACACAGGUUUACCGUAAGAAAACGCACACUGACCAAAUACUGAAUUUUAACAGCAACCACCCUACUCAACACAAAAUAAGCUGUAUAAGAAGCUUAUUCAACCGAAUAGAUACGCACUGUAACGCAGAACAAGCUAAACAAACAGAACGCAAAUAUCUAUUCUCGUCUUUCAUGAAAAACAACUACCCUAGGAAAUUCGUUAACAAAAUACUAAGAAAAAUAGCUACGUAACAAACAACAGAGUAACAUACCUGACGAACAACCUGAACAAUCAAAGACAAGAAUAACUCUACCAUUUAACUUUGAAUAAACAGAUUUUAGUGCUCGGUGACUUAAAUUGUAACAUGCUAGAAAACGGCCAAGAGCGGAGAGCGCUAACAAAUUUUUCUACAGAAUUAAAUCUCACACAGAUUAUUAAAACUUCAACUAGAAUCACGGCGACGUCCCAAACGCUUAUUGAUGUUAUUCUAGUCUCAUCCACAGCACUUGUUCUUGAGAGUGGUGUUAUUAACACUUCUAUCAGUGACCACCUACCAGUGUACGUCCUACUAAAGUUAAAGGCCCCAAAGAUGCCAGCAUGUUACAUUACAACUAGGAGUUAUAAAAACUAUAAUCCCUCACUAUUUUCCUCUGACCUUGUCACUAAAUCGGAUCGUCUGUUAUCCAUAUUAUCCAACACCAACGUUAAUACAAUAUUCGAAACCUUCAAAGAUGUUCUUCACUCAACUCUCGACGUGCAUGCACCGUUAAAAACCUUCAAAAUUCGAAAUCGAUCAUGUCCAUAUGUCACCAAUGAAAUAAAAGAACUCAUGAAGUCUCGGGACCUACACCUCCGUCGGUUUCAACUGACACGUGAUGAAGUUGAUUGGGUAGUUUACAAAGAAUAUCGUAAUAACGUAAAAACCAAAAUUAAAGCCGCAGCGAAGGACCACACCUUCAACGAAGUAAGAGAACAUAAACACAAUUCGAGAUCCCUAUGGAAAAUAAUUAAUAAUAUAAUCCCUCGAAGGAAAAGGAAACACACGUUUAUAGUAAAGAUCCAAAAACAGUUGCAGAAGAUUUCAACCUUUUUUUUACUUCUGUGGGACGGAACGCUGCUGCGACAGCCGAAAGUUUAGCCAAAGACAACAAUGUUCCACUGUCAAAUCCUCUGUCAAAUGUAAUCACUUAUCCAUCUGAUCAACUGUUCAAUUUCCAAUCCGUUACUUGUACAGAAGUUCAACGCAUUAUCAUGACUAUGCCAAGUAAUAAGUCACCAGGACCAGAUAAAAUAGGAAUGCGUGUCAUCAAAGACUGUCUUCCAAUCAUACUGGGUCCUCGUACGCAUAUGAUAAAUUGCUCUCUAAUGACAAGCACAUUCCCUGACCUAUGGAAGAUUUCUGAAGUUAUACCCCUACUAAAAGAAGGAGACCACGAGAUAGCCUCAAACAAUCGGCCUCUCUCACUACUCGAGGUAGUUUCAAAAGUUUGUGAAAAAGUUGUUCUAAAUCAAUUUAGCUCCUACCUCAAAGAAUUUAAUCGCAUAUCGUCACAUCAAAGCGGGAAUAGGAGUCUUCACUCCACCGAAACCUUAAACAUAUUUGUUACCGAUACGAUGUUGGAAGCCAUAGACAACAAAAAUCUAACGGCACUAAUUUUAUUGGAUUUAUCCAAGGCAUUUGACAGUGUCAGUCAUUCGAUUUUAUUACACAAAUUGAGUUGUAUCGGUGCUUCACCCGAAGCUGUUGAAUAUUUCCAAGACUAUUUAACAGGCAGAUCCCAAUACGUGCGUAUUGGAUCCACCAAGUCAUCAGCUCGCCCAAUAAUCCAUGGCGUUCCACAAGGUGCAAUACUAUCACCACUUCUGUUUUGCAUCUAUAUUAAUGAUCUGCCAGGGAGCAUACAAUCGUGUAACCUUGAUUCAUACGUAGACGACUCAAAGCUUUACAAAUCAUUCUGCAUCUACGACUUGGAACUGACAACUAUUAAUUUAGAGGCAGAUCUACAAAUAGCAGCCAAGUGGUGUUUGGAGCACCAAUUACUGAUCAAUCCAGAAAAAACUAAAUUCCUUGUAGUCGGUUCAAGACCCAUGCUGCAGAACGUACCUACAGAAAUAUCGCUAACAUUUUUAGGAAAGACUAUAAGACCUGUUUUAUUAGCUAAAGAUUUGGGAAUCAAUUUGGAUUCGUACCUAUCCUACGACGACCACAUAUCUAAACUCGUUUCGUCGUGUAUGAGAAAACUAUGUCAAAUAAAUCGCGUGAAGGAUAGUUUCGAUAAUGAAACAUUAAAAUUGGUCAUUGAGACACUUGUAAUUAACAAGCUUCUGUACUGCUCUACGGUGUGGUCCAACACGUCAUCUAACAAUACCAAUAAACUUCAAUCAGUGCAGAACUUCGCGUGCAGAGUUAUAUCAGGGGUAGGAAAGUUCGAUCACAUAACUCCGGCGUUGCGCGAACUAAAUUGGUUGCCAGUGGAAAAGUUAUUAUUGGAAAGGGAUACUGUAAUGGCUUACAAGUGUUUUAAUGGACUUGCACCUGACUACCUAGUAGAUAAUUUUAUAAAGCGUUCCGACAUACAUGAUCGAUCGACAAGAAAUCAUGACCUCUUGGACAUCCCUCUGUAUAAAUCUGCUGCAGGUCAAAGAACAUUUAAUUACCGGGGUGUUAAAAUAUGAAAUGACUUGGAUGAUAAACUAAAAAAUAUUACAUCAAUAACAAUUUUUAAGAAGAAACUUAGGGAGAUUUUACUAAAAGAAUCCUAUUAAAUACAUUUAAUAUUUCAUACUCUUUGUACAUAUUUUAACUAAUUUUAAAUAAGUAUAUGUAACAUAGGUAGUUUUAGAAGUAAUUUAUAAUAAUCUUAAUAUGUAAUGUAGUGUUGAAAAGCCCUUAGGGGAACACGCAAUAAAGUAUCUAUCUAUCUAUCUAAACAGUACAUGUGAAAUGACCGCCAGAUUAUUGGAAUUUGCGACCUUUCAACAUUGACGUAGCACACAAACCGGCACAUAAACUUAGGUCAUAUUUCACAAAACACAAAGACAAAACUGCAUCAAAACAAAAAAUGCUAUAUACAUGAUAUCUUGCAGAGACUGUCCACAACAAUACAUAGGUAUGACAAUUGAAACACGAAUAACUGAACACAAAAACGCCAUAAAACGAUACGAUUAUAAAUCACUACCUGCAGCACACACAUACGACAACUGUCAUACCUUCAACUGGACAGAAACCGAACUAUUAGGACGAGCACAAACAAAACACGCACGUGAAUUUAAAGAGGCAUGGUACAGUAUAGACGGUAAUACAAUUAACCGACACGUUGAAAUUCCCACUGUUUACUUACAACUUAAAACAACACGUAAAUGUCCUCCUACUAAUAACAACGAUACUAUGACUAAUACUAACUUCCAAAUAACACUUCCUUCAACAUCCGCAACACAACAAUCCGAUCUAUAUAUAUUAUAUAUUAUAUAUUAUAUAUAUAUAUAUAUUAUAUAUUAUAUAUUAUAUAUAUAUAUAUAUUAUAUUAUAUAUUAUAUAUUAUAUAUAUAUAUAUUAUAUAUAUAUAUAUUAUAUAUAUAUAUAUAUUAUAUUAUAUUAUAUAUAUAUAUAUAUAUAUAUAUAUAUAUAUAUAUAUAUAUAUAUAUAUAUAUAUAUAUAUAUAUAUAUAUAUAUAUAUAUAUAUAUACAUUUACUGAGCUAUCGGUGUUUUAAAUCGAAUAAGCAUAUUUGACAAUGUUAAAUAUUUGUAUAAAAUUGACUAUCAAAUAUUAUUUGGUUAAACUUGAUAAAAGUUUUAUUUUGGCCAAAAGAACGAAUGAAAAACAUAAUUGUUGGAUAAACAUUUAUUCAUCAGAGAAA